AUGGCCCGUGCCCGGCAGCAGCACGAGGAGGCAGUGCGGGCCUUCGAGCAGAAGCGCACCCAGCGAGAGCUGGCGGUGCCCACUGGGGACGUGCAGGUCAAGGCCAAGCUCCGGGAGUUUGGUGAGCCGGUGUGCAUCUUCGGCGAGGGCCCCUAUGAGCGCAGGGACCGCUUGCGGACCAUCAUGGCGGGCCGUACUGCUCCGACCUUGGACGCGAAGAGGCAGGAGUCCACUGGGGACGAGGACCUUUUCUACACGGAGGGCUUGGAGGAGCUGCUGGAGGCUCGCGUGAAGAUCGCAGAAUGGUCGCUGGCUGAGAGCGGGGCACGGCUGUUUUUGGUUGAGAAAGCAUGUUUUGCGAACUUUCUGCUAGUUCUUCAGAGGUUCUUGGAUUCUGAUUCGGGGAUCCUCGUCCCUCCUGAGGCUUCUGUGGCCUACUUCCUUCCUCCUCCCUUGGACUUUGGACUUCCCUCAUCCUUCGAGGGCAUCCACUGGAUUUCCUUCGGCCUGGGAUUGGCCUGUGGGAUCCUUGCCGGGCCUCUGCUGGACUUCCUGCUUCUGCUGAGGUUGCUCAUUGUGCGCUCGACGCACCAGGCCAGCCGGUUGGAAAUUCGUGAGUUGCGAGCUUUGUUGGAGAGUUUGGAACUUCGGGUGGCUGCUUUGGAAGUGACCGCGACAGCGUACCCCACGUUGUAG